CCCCCAAUAUAAACAGCAUGGUCAUAGUUUUACUCUCGCACAGUGAAUGCAUUUUCUGUUCUUUUACUUACUUUCAUCUUACGCUCUCUCCUUUUCUUGUCCACCUUGCCCUUACAGACUGGCAGGUUGCUACGCUGGCACUGUUGGUAGGGGGUGGAGCCCUGGUGCUGAUGUCAUUCUUGGUUGCUCUGGUUGCUGUGUGCAUUGGCACGAGACGGCGGUUCUACGCGCCUGUUGCCUUCAUGCUCUUUUCUGCAGUUGUACUCCAGGCCUGCAGUUUGGUCCUCUACCCUGUCAAGUUCAUCGAGAGUAUCAACUUGAGGAUCUACCAUGAAUUUAACUGGGGCUACGGCCUGGCCUGGGGAGGCACCAUCUUUUCCUUCGGUGGGGGAAUCCUCUACUGCCUCAAUCCCAAGAACUAUGAGGAAUACUACUAGUACUACCUCAUGUCUGGAACCCUCUGGUCACAUCUUCAGAGUCUGAGGGGUACAUAGGGACUGAAUAACAUUUCUAAUGUUCUGGGAAAGGGGGAGGGAGUGGGUGUCUAUUAACAGCUCGAUUCCCAAGAACUUUAAAGGGAAACAUCGGACAGCCAGUAACUGUAUUAUCACAAGUUUUGUAUCCAGACAGUGAACCUAGUGGUCUGGAGCUUAAGUUUUUUGCCUCAAUCAACACUAGUGUCAGUGCUGACUCUAAUGGAUAUUCAGAUUGAUAAGCCUCAUGUUAGAUGGUGCAUCUUGGGACAGAUGAGGUAGGGGGCUUACAGGUUUAUUCCCAAGGCUUAUGAUACAGUCUAAGGAGAACUGACAACACUACGGUAACAAAGGACUCAGGUUACCAGUGUUAAUACCUCCAUUCUGAAUUGCAAGAACUGCUAUUAUGUCUAUUAACUUUUCUGUUUGGAAAAGCAGGCUGUCAGACUGACACUUUUGCCAGUUACACAUGGAUGCGCAUGCACAUACACAGGCAUAGGUAGCAUAUCUUUAUAUGUAAAGAAACCAUCAGAAACCCUCAAGAUCAUCAUCAUCAUCAUCAUCGUAAGUGCUUAUUUAGGAGCUGUUUUAUUUUAUUUUUAGAGUUCUGUGAAGCUCUUAAACUUUCACAAGGAUGUGAGACAUGCUGCAGAUGCUAGAGUUGUGCCUCAUAACUUCAUAACACAGAUCGAUUUGUCUUGUGGGAGAAGGUAAGGAGGGUGGAAUAAACUAAAGACAUUUGCUCAAUAUUCUGUUAUCAACCCACUUGUCUGUUACUGUGGCAACCCACAGGGUUUGCACAUGCAGCUGUCAUCAUUGAUUAGCCAUGAGAUGGGACAGCGCUCGGCUAAAUUUCGAUUGCCUAUCAUGCUGCGUUUCUUUGCACCGUGACAUAUGGAGCAUCCUUUAGUCUUCUUAUCUGGCUCAUGGCGGUGUCUACAGCACACAUGAGACACACAGCUCCAGUCUUUCAGUGGCCACGUUGUCAU